AUGAUUUCCGCAGGCGGUGCUUCAGGAUUGGGGCUUGCCAUCGUCAAACGCUUCGCCCAUGAAGGCGCGCACAUUACCAUCGCCGAUCUCGACGUCGAAGGUGGCACCCGCGUGGUCAAGGAUCUCGAGGCGAAAGGCCUCUCUGCAACAUUCGUUCGCUGCGAUAUAACCGACCAUUCCAGCUCUACGGGAGCUUUUGAACACGCGCUUCGGACAUCGCCAAACACGUCAAUCGAUGUGACAGCAUUGAUUGCAGGCGUCCUCGGUGAGCCCGGAAGUCUGGUCGACAAGGUGCUCGAUUCGCAAAACGAGAAACAUAUCAGUCCGCCUGAGCUACGCCAUCCGGCUCUGGACGUCAACCUUCUGGGAGUGUACAAUUGUGCGUAUCUGGCCUUGUGGUAUAUGAAGAUGGAAUCGAAUGGGUCCGCCAGACCCGCGCAAGACGAGAAGCCCUCCAAGUCACUCAUCUUUGUGAGUUCGACAGUCGCUUAUACAGACGUCGGGAGCUUCGCAGAUUAUCACGCUUCCAAGUUCGGCGUCCGUGGCCUUUUCCGUGGCCUGCGCCACGAGACUCCCCGGCUCAACAUUCGCACAAAUUGUCUAGCACCUUACUUUAUGCGCACUCCAAUGGUCGAAAACGCGCUGGCUACAUUUUCCGCGGCCGGGAUGGAACCAGGCAAGGGAUUUACCUUUGUGGACACUGAGACCGUGGUUGAUGUGGCCGGCCGAUUUGCAGUCGAUGAGGGCUUGCAUGGACGGGCUGUUGCGAUCUUCCCGGCCCCGGAAGGCGCCGUGGAUCUCAAGGAUGACGAAGAAGGACUGUGGGCGGGAGAGGCUUUCAAGAUGAUGCAGGAGAAGAGGAGAGCGCUGGGGGAUAUGAUCUAG